GGCGGCAGAGGGGGCGGCGGCCGUGGCGGCGGCGGCGACGGCGGCCGUGACGGCGGCGGCGGCGCGGGGCCUGGGCCGGGGGGAAUGAGGCGGCCGUGGCGGGCCAGCGGUGGGGCCGUGUAGCGGAGAAGCGGCUCCUCCUCCCUGCUUCCCUUGGCCGAGCCGGGGGCGCGCGCGCGCGCGGCCGUCUGGAGCGGGCUCCCCACCCUCGCCUCCCGCGACCCGCACCGCACCCCCACCCGGGCGCGGAGGAUGAUGAAGCUCAAGUCGAACCAGACCCGCACCUAUGACGGCGACGGCUACAAGAAGCGGGCCGCGUGCCUGUGUUUCCGCAGCGAGAGCGAGGAGGAGGUGCUACUUGUGAGCAGUAGUCGCCAUCCAGACCGAUGGAUUGUCCCUGGAGGAGGCAUGGAGCCCGAGGAGGAGCCGAGUGUGGCAGCAGUCCGUGAAGUCUGCGAGGAGGCUGGAGUAAAAGGGACAUUGGGAAGAUUAGUUGGAAUUUUUGAGAACCAGGAGAGGAAGCACAGAACGUAUGUCUACGUGCUCAUUGUCACGGAAGUGCUGGAAGACUGGGAAGACUCGGUUAACAUUGGCAGGAAGAGGGAAUGGUUUAAGAUAGAAGACGCCAUCCAGGUGCUGCGGUAUCACAAACCCGUGCAGGCCUCGUAUUUCGAAACGUUGAGGCAAGGCUACUCGGCCAACAACGGCACCCCGGUCGUGGCCCCCGCGUACGCGGUGUCUGCUCAGAGCUCCAUGCCAGGCAUCAGAUGACUGCAGACGUCCUGUAAGAGACGGAGUUCUCUAAAGAGAUGCAAAGAGCCUUCCCUCUGCCUGGGAUUCUGGAGUGUUCCUGUUUGUCUCAUCCCAGCCCUGGCCAGUCAUUUUUCUUUGAUUUUUAAUUUUUUUUAAUUAAAAGAUACCAAUAUGAGAUGAAACCUUUCAAGAAUUUGUCCUACAAUGUGCUGUUGAGUUCAGUAGGUUGGUCACUUCCGCUGCAGGAUGCAUUUAUCUACACAUUAUAUACUGGGCAUAUAAUAUGUAAAUAAGUGACUUUUAGAAGAGGAAUUUAACUUUUAAUUUUUCAAGGUUUUGUUUUGUUGUUUAAAUUUGGGGUGUUUCUGAAAUGGAGAGCCUUGUAAUUGCUUUUUGUUUGUGAUGCUAGUGGCUAGGUAAGUGUCCCUGUCCCCUCUCUUCUCCCGAGUCAUUAACUGUAGUUCCGUAGAGUACGGGAAGAGUCUAGCUGCCUUCACAGUGCUCCCAGGACUCAUGGCCUUCCCUUGUCAUGGCUGUGUUUCCAUGCCAAGAAAGAUACCUGUGUUCUUUUUUAUUACCAAGCCAGGAACAAAUGGCCGCAACUCAGAUCCGGAGAAACAAUGAUAGAAAUUGAAUUCCUCCCUACAUGUCGACAAUAGGAGGUUGAACUGGAUUCUUGUGAUUGCUGUCUAAAAAACUGGAGCAUCGAGCACUGUUUCUAUCCUGCUGGUUUGGAUUUUUUUCCAUAAUGCUAUACUUAACGCCGACAGCAGCCUCUCUCCUUGUGCAUACAUGCCUUACACCGUGCUGAACUGGAUAUUGUCCUUGUGCUCUGAAGCAUCCAAUGUACUUGGCAAGUGCAGCUGUACAAUCCUGUCCCCAUGAUGGGUAACCAUGUGUAAGUUUCUGAAAAGUACACAGGAGGAAGAUUCAGGUGGUUGCUUGUCUUUGUAACAUUACAGCACUUGUAAUUGCACCGUGGAGCAUGCCCGGAAAUAUUAAAUUUGUCUCCCACUGGGAUGUGAAAGGUCCAUCUUCUGCUGAGAAGUGGUGUGGGAGAAGGCGUAAUAUUUCCCAGAACAGCUACAUAAUGCAGCGGCUCCCUGCAAGCUGUGUUUUGGUUUUUGAUAACAGGUUUCAUGCUGGCUUCAUUUACCAAUUGUGUUGUUCAGUUUGGAAGUAAGCAGCAAAGGGUCUUGAGAUCAAAGGAUGGGACUGGGAGGGGGGACACUGAUCAAUCCCUGGCUUGGGACAGGAGUUUGUUGCUAUGCUCUUAGUGGCAUCUCCUUUGUCAAACCUAGCCAAGAUGUGAAAUUAGAUUCGUAGUUCUCUUUAUUUAAAAAUUCUAAUAAAUAUUCAAACUUUGAAAGCUUUUGCUCUUCCCUCCCACUACAAGAAAUGUAUGUAUCUAGUGGGCCCGUAGGAUUCAGUGUUCUGUGUCUUUAGGGACGUCAGUUGGUGAACCUUAAGUCUUGCUAGCUUCUCUUGGUUUGCAUCCUCUCUCCCAGUCUUGAAAUGCAGAACCAAAAAGCAGUGCUGGCAGUUUCCUUAGGACACCGUCCUACCUCUGGGAAAGGAAUUCUUUCCCCAAGGAAGGGUCCCGAUGGGUGGAGACAGCACCAUGGGACUUAAGCAUCAAUGCCGACUCACUCUUCAUGUGUCCUACUCAGCAAUGAGCAUACUGCUGCUCGUCGCCUGAGUUAGAGCAUUGAAGGUUCUGUCUGAAUAAAAAAAGGAGAAAAUAAAAUAAAUUCAACUAAGCACUGAGUGGAAUCCUAAAAACAGAUUCUUCCAAAUAAAUUCUACUUUUAUGAUACAGGUUGAAAGUGCUUUGCAGGAAAGCAAUCAGUACUCCUAAAAAAGGAACUUUAGUGUUAAUGGUAAUUUGUGCAUUUUUUUAAUGAUCUGAAGAUGUUUUUAGUGGGCUGGUGUAACAGUACACUACCCUGCAAAGUCCAGUUGGGAUUGUUGUUGGCGUCUUUGGGUCAGGAAAGUGAACUGUGCCAAGAAGUCUUUUUCAGUGACAUGAAGGGAUCCUAUUAAUGUAGUUAACUGGAGAGCCCGUGCUGAUGCUUUCCUCACUGAUAAAAGGAGGCUUUGUCCAGCACCAGCAUUGUUGAGACUGGUGCUGCUUUCUGUCGCACUGGGAUUCUGAUGAGCAAGACUGGUGUUUUUCCCUCCCUGGCACCAUAUGCACCACAGGCGUCCUGACUGAUGUGUAGGCACAGCCCUUCUGUGAUAGGUUACUUAGUUGCAGUUACUUUAUAUCUCCUCAGAGAAAGCAAGUAGAAGCAAAAGAAAGCACAAAAAUCACCCUACUUGCAGCAUAUUGCAUUGACACUGAUUUGCCAUGGAUGCUGCAAGUACUCCCCGUUUUCAGGCUUCACAGAAACAGCUUCCUGGGGGUCAGGGCAGAUAGAAAGUCUUGUGCUCACAGUGAAUUUGCACAUCCUAGAUUCUGGUUAUUACUGGAGCAUCCAUCAGAGUCUGCCAUACUCAGGAUAGAGAAAGACGGCAAUGGAUUUUUUAAAUUAAAAUUUGUUUUUAGUUUGCAAACUGAAUUUUAAAUUGUUGUUUAAAUUGCAGCCGUUGGGCAAAUACCAGUGAGGUUAUGCCAUCUUUUUGGACCAGAACUUUUUCUGUGUGUGUGUGUGUGCGUGUAUGUAUGUAAGACAGAGAGAGAAGGGCUACCAGGAGUCAGCCGUGUUAGAUUUUCUGUAUCCUUCCAGAACAGUGCAGCCCAUGAACAGGAGUCUUGGUUUUUCUCAUAGCAAACAUAACAGGAUGGAAAAGUCAGUGAAUUGACUGUGCUGUUUUUACAAGUGUCUGCUGCCGCAUCUGCCCUGCAUGGAGAGGGCUCCCUCGCUGCUGAGUCUGAGCUGGGGCCAUCUGGAGGGAUCAGAGAGUGGGAGUGUCACUCCCUCUGAGGUUUCGGAAGGCCUAGAGGUGGCUUCGCUGCAGGAUUUCCGCCCUCUGCAUUGCGUGGUGCAGCGCGUGGAACAGCGAGGCGCUUGAGGCCUUGCUUCUCGCAGCCUCUGGGGAGCAGGGCGGGUCACCGCCCUCUGGGAGUGUUUUGCAGCAUUUUUGUAAACGUGUUGCCACAUAGUCAAGUUCCUUCAUGGUGAAGGAGUGUUUUCUGUGUUGAUGUUAGGAGUCAGCCCAUGUAAAGUCUCUUAGAAUUGCUUAGAAGAAAAAAAGUCACCUUUUGUUUUUAGAAGAAAAAAAGUUCCCCUCAGAACCGUUCUUCUCCUUCUCCUCCCUCUGUCUCUUCUCCGGUGCAGUGCGCGCUGGAGGCUCCUUCUCAGCCUCUUUAAUCAGAGGAGCCAUCGGUCUUCUGCUGGACCUGGCUGUGCGUUUCACACGCUGUACUUUACAUGUUUGUCAUUUCCACGUGCUGUAUUAAUGCCUGUCUUGGUCUCUUUACUUGAUCUUUUUAAAAAACAGCUUAGUCUGAGCCACAUUUUUUUAGUUCACGAAAAGGAUUUAAUAACCACAAUGUGAUUUUUACCACAACUGUGUGAUUUUUAAUAUUUCUGAAGUGUUCUCUAAGCCUCUCCUAGUUGAGAGUAGAUUUAGAAUUCGAAGAAAUAUCUGGAGAAAUCUCCACAGGGGAUGAAGUUUUGCUUUAAGAAAAUGAGGAUUAGCUAUAAUUGAUAAUAUAGCUUCCUCCUGGUCCCAUCUGCAUUUCAGAAAAUAAUCCACAUCUUUACAAAAAAUAGGAGACAUGCAGGACAGUUCACUCAAGCAGCACUGGGGAGAGGAGGUUCUUUAAUGGUGAUUAAACAAUGCAAGUGGCUCUUCUAGUUCUUAUUCUUGGAGACCCUAAAAGAGGUCAGGCUGGAGGCUGUGCAGUCCGCACUGCCCAGUUGAGGUGGCCGUCAUUUCUUCUGAGCCCUGCUGGGGUGGAACCGCUUUCCCCAAGGCCGUGGGAGGCUUCCCAUGAAGCUGUCGACGAUAGUGGCUUCGACCUUGCUCCAUCAGGACACCUGCCUCACUUGGAGGAGGUGGGAAAGCACGCUAUAGCCUCUGCACUCUGGGCUGAACCUUGCAGCCGGGGACCUCACUGUCCAGCAGAGCUGUGUUUUCCAUGCCACUUUAGGUAUCUCCUAAAUCAGUGAGCCAUUGGCGUUUCCAGGUAAAUUGUAAAUUGGGAGGCAUUGUCUACAAUCCAUAAAAGAUACUAUUGUCCAUGCAUCAGCUUGACUUGAGGUCACCACAGGUCCUGGGAACCGAGAGAUUUUAGGCAGACUCUCCUUUGGAGGCCAGCAGCCUUCCACUCCUGCCUCUCAAAGGGCAGCUUCACAUUUUGACCACAUUUUUGCAUUAGCUGCUAACGUUUCAGGGGUGUGAGAAGCCUAAUCAGGACAACUGAGAAACUGAUACCUCUCAUCUUCAGGUUAAUCAAGUAGUUUGUCCUCCUAGUCCCCCUAAAAAUUAAUAAAUAAAAAGAGAAAGAAUCCCAUUUGGUGUUGCUUUGGACACGCUCCUUGAGCGGAGGCCAGCAGUCACAUGAUUUUGUGCGUCUCUGCAAUAUGCAGCUUUCUAAGGAAAAAAGGCAUAUCUCUCCCCUAAAGCGUUGUUUAUAGUGAUGAUUUGGUAAGCUUGAGCUUGUCUUAGAAAAUGAGACUAUCCACCUGGCCAGGGGAGCUCGAAGGGAGCCGUGUUAACUCAGAAUUCAGCAUACCAGGAGGGACUCUGCUGAAGAAAAAAGUGCUUUUGGACUAAGAAGAUUAACAUCUAAAAGGUGGAGUCAUUGCUUCUGUUCCCCUAGUAAUCAGUUGUUUAAUUAAUUACUCUAGGUUUCUUGUGGUUUACAUUCCUAAUUCUUAGCCCCGAACAGGGGCAACUAGAACACCAAAAAAGGCAUUUAAACCCUGGAGGCAGGCUUUAAAGUAGACAGAAACAGCAGCAUUGUCAUUUUCCAGGCUCAUCACCAUUUUGAUGUGCUACCCAGCCUUCCACCCCCACUGCAACCAGGCCAGGUGUGAAGAUUCUAUUAGUCAUUGGGUCAGGGAACAGAAAUUCUGGUUCUGGAACAAUUACCUACUAUGUUGCUUCCCAUUUGUGGAUGUUAUCUGUGGGUGUCCCUUCAGAGAACGUCUCAGGAGUACAGUAAAUUGCUCAUCUGGGCUUGAGGCAUUUGGAUCCAAACCUUAAGUCUUUGUAACUCAUUAGGAAAAAAGCAAGAUGCCCUACUCCUGCUGCUGGGCCUGGAGCAGGUGCUCCCCUCUCUGUAGUGUGGGUGCUGUGGCUCACCUUCAGGAGGGCGUUUUGCCGGUAAGAUUGCCCGUAAAUCCCUAUGGGAAGCAGUCCUGACGACAGCCUGUCUUUCUGAGCGCGUUUGUGCCGAAAUGCAAAUGUGAACCUAAAGCAGCAGCAGAUCCCUGGAGCCUGCUCCACUUCUUUAUUGUCCCCUUGAAAAAGAAGCUGCUCAGGGUUAAACCUGGGUCUUUAACCUCUAUUUGUUGUAGAGAAAAUGUGUCACUGAUAAAUGAUCUAAAGAAGACGUCUAGUUUUGAUUACUCAAUUCCGGCAGCAUAAGAGAUAUGACUUACGCCAGGGAAGGUAGAAGCUGAUUAUUGAGACACCUGGGAGCCAGAAAGGAUGGGUCUGCUCCACAUGGAGCCUGCACAGGGAGCGGAUCUGAAGUGGGGUCUUGGAGAGCUUCCAAAGUGUUAAAAUGAGGGGAGGACUCAGAGUGCUUUUGCUCAGUGAGCAGGCAGCUUGGUUUCUCCCGAGAACAUGAAGGGGUUCCGAAGGGAACAGCAGGCAUCUGAGCCACAGCGCACAGACGCAGACUUGCCCCGUAGCCUCUUCCCACAUGACUCUGAGCAUUUUUGCUCAGAUUCCAAGGGGACUCUCCCCUCCAAAAUCUAAUAUGCUUCAGGUGUUUUGUUUGGCCUCUGAGAACCUCACCCUUUCACUUCCACCUGGGGGUGGACAGAGCUGUGUUGCUCAGGGCGCAGAUGCAUGAGUGAGUCCAGGGCCCCGCAGCAUAGUGUUGCAUUUAGUAGAAAAAUAAUUGGUCCUCUCUGUUGUAAAAGAAAUAUAGUAUAUGGUGCAGUUUUGUAAAUGUCAGGUCUGUUUUUAUUAUUUCAUGGUCUGAAAACCUUCAAACUGGUUUAUAAUCAAAGAAAAGGUUGGUAGUUAGAAUAAGUAAAAUUUCAGUUAGUGCGUCUGUCUGAAAAAGAUAGCUAGCAGUUUGCCAUGUGCUUAAGGAAGUCAGGAGCAUUUGAGGAUGUUGGGAGCUGUUGUGAAAGUGAAGCAAGUGUCUCUGGCUUGCUCAAGUCUUUCAGAGAAAGGAAGUGGAAGUCCAUCCGUAGCAUCUUCAUAUGUGCUCUGGCCAGGCCAUCCUGUAUUUCAAGGACCCUGUCUCCUCUCCCAGCCAGUGACCUUGGUAGGGGAUGGGCUCUGUGGAGGUAGUGAGGCCCCAGCUCAGUCUGCUCACCUGCAAGAUAUGGUCUCCAAACAGCGUAAGGUUUAUUUACAGGGCUUCUUCAUAUGAUCACCUCCACUCUACUCAUUCACCAUCAUCAACAGCAGGUUAAAAUCCCGGCUACGAUUCCAGUUGUGAAGCAGAUAAACUAGAUGUGCCUCCUCCCCAUCGCAAGUGUGUCGCCCAGAUGCAGUCUCCCUUUGGCCAAGUUCAACAGGGAAUUCCAGGGAACCCCCUGGAUUGAGGCAAAGUGGCCAAGAUGCAUUCAGUUUAACUUUUUCCAAAGGACAGAAGUCUUUAUCCCUCCCCGCUAGUGCUCAUGCAUUUUAGCUGAGGGUGAAAUGGCCAAGUCUAGUAAUGUCUCCAGAACUGAGACGGAGCCAGGGACCCACGCGCCCAGGACCAGUCCCCUGGGGAUCACAUAGGCUCAAAGGAUGUUCUGUUCCCCCCCCAGAACUCUGCUGCUGUCCCUUUCCAUUAGGACCACUCAGAAAAACAAACAACUUAGUCUUCCCAUCAUUAGGUCACCUAGUGCCUUGGUGACCGUUCUACAGAGUGAGGGCUUAUGUGUCACCUCUUUAGGCAGUGCGCUUCAUAUUUGUAGGAAGGGUAGAAAGUAGAACAACCAACGGGCUGAGUACUCACAUCCUUGGAGAGCUUGGCCAGCUGAAGGAGCUCAAUAAAACUGGGGGAUCCAAGGAGUGGCGCUUGUAUGGGAGAAGGGAUUGUUUAUGUCCUUUCACUUCUUGGGACCUGGUGCUGGGUUAUGAAAUGGGUUUGGAGUACUAGCACCCUUUCCCUCAAUCCUGUGCUCCAGGACUUAGGAGCUUCCAACCCAUCCGUGCAUGGUCUUGUUUUCCAUUUUUUGUUUCCAAAGCAGCCUUGCUUGAUAUUGCAUGGAAAAUCAAGUUUUCCUUCCUGCCCACUUGGAGCCACCUGCCCACGUCUAGGCCUGGCCUCUUCCCCACUGUCUUCAUAGCUCUCAUAAGGAAGACUUCAAAGUGCUCUUAGGAGCUGAGGGGAAUAGAAUUUGGUCCAGAGAAGGCGGGAGGAAACUGAGUUUUCCUGUUUUUUCUCAAGGAGGAUGUUAUUGGGCUUCCUUCACGCUUCUCUUUCCCACGGGUACAGUCGAGUUGUGGAAGAGGGCUGAAAAGAAGGGGGAACCAGGUCCAGCCCCAGAUUCGAGUAUGAGGCACAUGCACAACAGAUGUAAGUCCCACAUCCCCCGUUUCGUAGCAGGCCAACCACACAUAAUCAUUCCCCUUCUUUACUAAAGUGUCCCCUUAUGUGGUGCCAGCAACAGAGGACAGACAAACUCCUUCCCUGUAGUCUAGAUGGAGCUUUGGUACUACCCCUAAAAUUCCCCACCCCCGUACCCCACUCCUUUUUGUGAAAGAACAAAUGCUUCAACCUGUGAGCGUGCUGUCCCUUUCUCUGUGUUAAUCAGCUUCCUUCCAUGUGAGCUGUGUGGGAGGGAAAGGCAUUGGAAUUGUAGGUUGUAAUCUUGUGCCAACCAAUAAAAACCAGUAUUUCACACA